CCUCAGCAGCUGACCCCUUUUUUCCCCUAGGACUUAUAGACCACUGCGCGGGGUCCUUCCCUCUUCGAUUUCUCAAUCAUGGUACUGGCCAUGUCAAGGCUUUCGAGAAUACGUGUUAUGUUUAACCACCCUGAAAUUCGUAUUAUGGAUCUGGAAUAUCUGUUUCCUGCACACACCCCUGGCGGUCUUCAACCCACGGUGCAAGCAUCAGCAGUGAAUUCAACUGGCGACUCUGUGGUCCCAGUGAGACCAGACAUGCUCAAAAGUGAACAUUUUUUUGAUGAGGAGGAUAAAAUGAUGCAUGUCGUCAUUGAGCCAAAGACGAAAGAUGCUGGAGAUUGUCCUGAGGAUGGAUCUUUGGGAGACUGUAGUGAUGAAAUGUUGCGGUCGAGACUUACUACAAUGGAAUGCAGGUUGGCUGAGAUGAGGCAUGAGGAACGCCAUCGCAGUGAAAUGAAGAAGUUGGACGAUGAAUUUAGAAGAAGCAUCGAUAGAACGAAGAAGUCGAUCAAUGACUUGAAAAGAGUACACAGCGAAAUACGGAAGGAGCAGUCGGAGUUGGGUCGUGCCAUAGCAACCCUCAAGGUUCAGGUCGACGAGAGGUACAGGAAAUAUACCAAUGCGACCGACGACCUGUGCCGGGCUAUUUCAUUCCUAGUGCCAUUCCAUCACGGCAUCCUACUAGACAUGGCAGAAGAAAAGAUGAUUCGUUGUUUUGGCAAGAAAUCAUGGGAGAGACUCUGUGCGUCCCAUCUACCACUCCCCAAAUUGGCAAGACGCGUCAAGAACAAACUCAAAGAACGUCGACAGUCGCAUACUCCUUCUGUCGAGGAAUUGAUGUACUUGUUCUCUCAUAUCUAUGUACGAAAGAAAGCGGACGUUAGGGAUGUCACCCACCGUGCCACUCAGGAGGAACUUAAAGAGGCAAUAAUGGCCGUACCAGUUGACGAGCAACCUGAGAACAGGCAGUUCCUCGAGUCCUUAUUCGAAUUUCUAUUCGAGCAACCUUUCGACUCGUAGCAACGGUACAGUUACCACAUACCUGGCAUUGUGUACUUGUUCUGUGUUGCAAACGCAAUAAACACACGACUCUCCGACCUAUUUUAUGUUCCUUGUGACAGUACUGAUGACCGUAUAUGCGUC